GGAAGUAGCCCGGAAAUGAUGUAGAAACGGGACACGCGCGGUUUCUGAAUCCGUGUCACGGAGGUGUUUGGCCUGUAGCAGGAUGUGUUCCCUUGAUCUGUUCCCUCCUCCCCUUGAUGGAAGUCAGUUGCCACUUUAUGAAUUUAACAACGAGAUAGUGGCGGGAAAGGGGUUCGACAAUCCUCCACCCACGUUCCAGUCUGAGCUGGUAAAUAUCCCAGAGCCUACUAUACCCGUUGAUGCAUUGAAGGCUCCUGGCCGGAUGGAGCUGUCAAGUAAAACUGCUUUUAUCCAUCAAAAGGAGUCGAUCUGGAAGCGCUGUUUGAAUGCAUGGCACAAUGUGGGACUUGCUGGCUUCCUGGAAGAGAUGUCUAACUCCAAGGAGGAAGUUCCCCCCUGGUUGUGCCAUGUAACCCGCUGUUCCCUGGCUGUGUGUCGCUCGGUCUCCUCCUUGCAUGGGUCGUUAUUUCCACACCUUACAAUAUCUCCACAGAUGAAGAGUGAAGACCUCACUGCUGAGUUUUCUCAAGCUCUUGGCUGGGCUGACUGUCCAUUGCGUGCAUUUGCAUGGCAUCCCCACACUUACAAGUUUGCCCUGGCUCUGUUAGACGACUCCAUCCGAAUAUACACAGCGGGCAGCCCAACAAUCCCCACACUGAAGCAUCGCCUGCAGAAAGAUGUGGCGAGUCUGGCUUGGAAGCCCAUGUGUGCAUCUGUCCUAGCUGUGGCCUGUCAAAGCUGUGUUCUUGUGUGGCACGUGGACCCCACUUCCCUAUCAACAAGACCAUCCUCUGGCUGUGCUCAGGUUCUAUCACACCCAGGCCAUAGUCCAGUCACCAGUGUGUGCUGGUCCCCCAAAGGUGGAGUGUUGCUCUCUGCCUCACCUGUAGACACUGCUAUGUUGGUCUGGGAUGUCCCCACAGAAAGUUGUAUACCACUGCAGCGAGUCGGGGGAGGCGGAGUUACCUUCCUGUCUUGGUCUCCAGAUGGAAGCAAAGUGCUGGCAGCCACUCCCUCUUCUGUUUUCAGGGUGUGGGAGACGCAAAAGUGGACAUGUGAGCGUUGGCCUACUUUGCAAGGUCGUUGCCAGACUGGUUGCUGGAGCCCUGAUGGAAGUCGUCUGCUUUUUGCUGUGAAGGGAGAGUCUGUAAUAUAUAGUCUAUGCUUUUCUGUCUCUGAGGGUGAAGCUCAAGCUGGAGUCGGAGGCAGUCAGAGUGCCACAGUUGUUGCUGAUGUAUCAGAAGUCGUAUUCACAACUCACACUGGAGAAAUCAGGGUUGGAGGGGAAAUACAGUCAAUGUGCUGGGACCCCAGUGGAGAGAGGCUGGCAGUUCUACUGAAAGGGAAUCCUGAGUUUGAAGAAAGCCAGCCAGUGAUUGCUGUUUUUAGGACACGCAACAGUCCAAUUUUUGAGCUUCUUCCUUGUGGCUUCAUCCAUGGAAGAAAAGGAGAGACCCCACAACUGUUUCAGUUUCAUCCGGGUUUUAAUAAAGGUGCCCUCCUGUCUCAGCUGUGGAGUUCUGGUCGUGUCAAUCAUUUCCCUUUCUACUUUGUGAAUGCACAGUGCCCUCGUUUCAGUCCAGAAAGCAUCGCUGUGGUGCCAGGCAACACUAUCAGCACUGCCAACCCAAGAACACUAUUCACAGAGAGGUGAACGUAUAACCAGCCAUGAGCCUGGGAAUUAGUGUUGUCCUGCAGGAGGAUAUACUCAUGUGAAACAAGAACUUUUAACACUACCCAGUAUAGGAUACUUUCAUAGGUCUUUAUUGAUGAUUUUUAUGUAUGGAAUAUCAGAGGAAAUACUUGCCUUUUACUUUCCAAUGUAGUUAAUGGGCUGUUGCCUGCCCUAGAAUAACCCUGACAGCAAGAAUUGCAGAAUGGAAAACCAAGGGGCUUUUGCAGCACUAUUCCUGUAAUGACAAAACCAAGACCAACUAAUGUAUCCCUGCUAAGCACUGAGUGCUAACUAACAUUAUGUAUUUGCCAAUCCCCUGACAUCCUACGGGGGACAUAAGUGAGGUCUCUUCCAGUAGGAGGCACUUAAUCCUGUAUAUGUGUAUUGUCUGUGGCUAUCUGUAUAGCUGGGGAGAUAGAAAAAAAAAAUCCUUUCAGUAAAAUAAAAGGAAAGAGUUAAAGGGAUACUGUCAUGGGGAAAAAAUUUUUUUCAAAAUGAAUCAGUUAAUAGUGCUGCUCCAGCAGAAUUCUGCACUGAAAUCCAUUUCUCAAAAGAGCAAACAGAUUUUGUUAUAUUCAAUUUUGAAAUCUGACAUGGGACUAGACAUAUUGUAAUAUUUCCCAGCUGCCCCAAGUCAUGUGACUUGUGCUCUGAUAAACUUCAAUCAAUCUUUACUGCUGUAGUGCAAGUUGGAGUGAUACAAUGGGAAGGUAACCAGAUAGCAGCUCCCUAACACAAGAUAACAGCUGCCUGGUAGAUCUAAGAACAACACUCAAUAGUAAAAACCCAUGUCCCACUGAGACACAUUGAGUUACAUUGAGAAGGAAAAACAGCAGCCUGCCAGAAAGCAUUUCUCUACUAAAGUGCAGGCACACGUCACAUGACCAGGGGCAGCUGGGAAAUUGACAAAAUGUCUAGCCCCAUGUCAGAUUUCAAAAUUGAAUAUAAAAAAAUCUGUUUGCUCUUUUGAGAAAUGGAUUUCAGUGCAGAAUUCUGCUGGAGCAGCACUAUUAACUGAUAGUUUUGAAAAAAAAAACAUGUUUUCCAAUGACAGGAUCCCUUUAAGUGCUCAGUUUGAUUAUAAUCACUUAGCAGGUUCAGUCUCCUGGAGGUGAACUAGUGAGCAACACCAUCUUUUCUCCUGACCCUGGGUGUGCUCUGGGCUGUGUGCAUGUACAGUAGAGUUAAAUCAGAAGUUAGAAGGUAAAAGCUGAACGUUUGCUCUACUGCAAGUGUACAACCCAUUUCUACAGAAAACAAGAUGGUGCUGCUAAAUAGCUUACUACCUCUGACCCUGAUGUGACCCUCCUCUUAUCUGAUAAAACACAUUGGCCAAAGGUAAGUGAUUGACAAUUUUUCAGGCACACCAUGGUGAUUACAAUUUCAUAUUGGAAAUGAUAUGAGUUCACUAAAGUUGUGCUGCAAGUCAUGACAGAUCCUCAAAUAUAAUGAUCAAACCCUCAAUGCUGUCCAAACCCAGUUGUGUAAAGGGUACCCUUGUUUGCUACCAUUCUCCAAGUGUGGCCUUUUUAAUAAUCACUUGAAUAAAAUAUUCAUAGAAUUUCAGAAAA